AUUCUGAAUGUUGUCUCUAUCAAUUUAUUAUAAGAAAACAACAAUAAGUAUGUAUUGUGUUGCUUUGUUUCAGGAGAUGAUACUGUAAAACUCUGGGACAUUAGAAAUUUUAAAGAGCCAUUAAAAGUAAAAACAGAUCUUCCUAAUUUCUUCCCAGUUACAGACUGUUUGUUUAGUCCUGAUGACCAAUUGAUUGUGACAGGUGUCUCAGUAAAGAAGAAUGAGGGUAAAGGGAAGUUACUCUUCCUGGAUAGAGAAUCUCUAGAUGUAAUGACACAACUUGAAGUGUCUGAUACAAGUGUUGUACGCUGUAUCUGGCAUCCACGUCUUAAUCAGUUUGUAGUGGGAUGUGGUGACGGCAAGGCAUAUCUUUACUAUGAUGAACAAAAGAGUCAUAGAGGAGCAAAACUUUGUGUUGCGAAGAAACCAUCAAAAGUGAAACAGAUGGAGAUAGUUGCACAUAGACAGAUUAUUACACCAUAUGCACUACCAAUGUUUAGACAACAGAGAGAAUCUAGUACAAAGAAACAAGAAGAGAGAGCUCGAAGAGAUCCAACAAAAUCUCACAGACCUGAUUUACCAAUAUAUGGACCAGGAUCUGGAGGUCGCUUGGCCAAUAAAGGUGGAACUUUGUCCCAGUAUGUUGUACAGACAUUAGUUGUGAAGAAAGAAGACCCAUAUGAAGAUAAUCCAAGGGAAGCUAUUCUAAGACAUGCAAAAGUUGCUGAGGAAAAUCCACUUUAUGUUGCUCCUGCUUAUAAAAAAACACAGCCAGUACCAAUAUUUCAAGGUGAAGAGAAGGAAGUGGAGGAAGAAGAUAUACAGCCACCUUGGAAGAAAACCAAAAAGUCAUAGCAAACAUGUGUAAACAUAGGACAAACAAAUGAUAGAAUAAAAUCUCUUGCUGGAUAAGAUGUUUUAAAUGAAAUGUCUACUUAAAGACUGAUUUUAUGUUGUACAAAUCAGUCACUGGAUGUUUUAACCAACAAGAAAUGACACACUAAACAUACAUUUCAAUUGUUUAAAGUGUAAGAGGGUUUCAAAUGCUGGAAACUUGACUGUCAGAUCUUGUUUAAGGCCCAGAGUGACUUAUUAUGUUUAUCUAUCCAACUGUCAGUGUGGCUGCUCAGUAUUUCUUGAAUUACUAGAGGAAUCUUUGUAAAAAUUAGGCGAAAUGUUUAUCUCUUAAGAUUAACUGUUGAACACAGAUUUUGUAACUAAGGUAACAUUUCAAUAUAAAGAAUUUGAGCCAUGAA